AUGUAUUCAAGUUUUCGACCAUUUCAUAAUUUAUCUCCAGAGUAUCAAUCCAAAUUAUUACCAAUAUAUCUUGCGUGCCUUACAACCGAAGAAAGAGCAGCAUUAAAACGAAUCUUUGGAAAAAUCAAGAUAAAGAUACAAAUACCAAAACAUAGACUUACCUAUAAAUACGAAACAUAUUUACAAGAACUUUCAUUUAAAGAUUUAGAAAGUGCAGUAUUUUCGUGGCUAAGCUCGUCAUUACGUAAACCUAUUAAAGACACAUAUAAUGUAAAUGAGCAAAUAGAACAUUUAACAUCAUUAUUAUGCACAUUAUUCUUUCGAUCGAGUAAGAAUUUAAACACAUUUAUUAUUGAUAAAUUCUUACCUUUUGCGAAUAUUCCGGAUGCUGUAGUAUUUCAUGAAUCAGGAAUUUUAACACGACUUAGAAAACUUCAAAUAAAUUUUCGAAAAGCAGAAAGUAUUAUAAACUUAUUAGAAUCUUUACAUAUGCAUUGCAAAAAUCUUGAAUAUUUAGAAAUUAAUUUUAUAGAAUUUGAAAAUGAAGAAACAAUAUUUAGUUCAGUAUCAAAUCUUAUUAGUCAACAAGAAAGAUUACAAGAGCUUCGAUUAGGAUAUAUUCAAUCCAAUAACGGCACUAGAACAAUAUUAGCAUCAAUUAAAUCACAAGUUGAUAGUAUAAAAUCGAUUCAUUUAAAUACAGUUAAUUUUAAAGGAAUCAGUUUAAAGAUUUUAGGAACGUGUCCAAACUUAAAGAAAUUAGUAUUUUGGAAUUCACAAGGACUUGGCGUACAAAAUGCAAAAAGUUUACAAGAUUCAACAUAUCAAUUAGAAAAAUUACAUUUAUGGGGACAACGAAAACAAUCAAAUAUUUCAGCCAUAAUAAUUCAAGAAAUUGGAAAACCCGUUAAACAAUUGUGGAUAGAUGUUGUAUCUCCGGAAGUAGUUCAAGCAAUCAUUGAUUAUUGCCCACAACUAACUGACCUUCGAAUAAUUGAUUAUCAACCAAAACAAGUUCCAUCUCUUUUAAAUUUACUUAAAGACAUUAAUCAAUUAGAAAAACUUACAAUUACAAGAGAAACUGUAGUUGAAAUGGGAGUUAUAAACUUUUCGGGAAAAAAUAUCCCAAUUAAUCUUAAAUAUCUCCGAUUAGAAUGCGGAUUUACUACAGGACAAUUAGAAAAAUUACUAAUGACUUGCAAAGCACCUUUGAGAACAUUAAUUGUAGAAUAUUGUAAAUUUGAAUUUGCACAUCUAAGGGUUAUAUCAGAAUACAUCAAGACUACCAAAAAUUUGAAGGUACUUGGGAUCGGAGGGAAGAAAGAAUAUAGCCAUAGAGAAUUAAAGGAAAUUGAAAGGUUGGAAAAAAAUUAUGGAAUUUAUGUCAUUCCUUUACGUGAAGUUCAUGAUUGGUAA